AUGAGAAAAGGCCCAACUCACACACAGACAGUGGGACAUUCAUGUUAAACAGGUGCCUGAGGGAGUGAGGCUGCACCUUUAUUGUGUUACAUAGUUUCCCCCCAGGGGGCAAAUUAAGGCUCCACCCUCUCGUUAUCCCAUGCUAAUUACCUGCCUUUGAUAAACAUGUGACUAUGCUAAUGAAGGGCGUUAGAGUACAGGAACCCAUCAGCCUUCCUUUCCAUAUCGUGGGAGGAACCUUUUCCCCCAAACAAAGGCCCCGCCCAUAGGGGGUGGGAUCCAAAAUGGGCUAAAAAGCUGCGGGAAUGAGAGCUGAGUUAGUUUGGGGAAGAGACGUGUGGGUACAGGGUACAGGGGCUCUGCAGGCUAAUGAGGAGACUCUGCCCAAGGACAGUGUAUUACAUAUUUGAUUGAAAAAGAGGCACAGAAGCCCCAGAAGCUGACAAUUCUCUGAUUCUUUGGAUAAAGACAAGAGGCCAUUAGACCGUGCAACUUCUCCAACACCAGGAAAUCCACACAUUGGGGAGAAAAAUCUGUAUCCGACUGAGAAAAAGCUUUAGUGCAAUGAGCAUUCCCAACUCCCAGAUGGAACUUCCCUCAGUGGCACAACAUUACGAAUGCCCACAGUCUGGGAAAAUACAUUUAACAAAAAACAGACUUAACAUUGACAAGACAUUUAACAUCAGGGAGAAACCAUUCAUGUGCACGGAAUGUGGGAAAGGUUUCGCACUAGCAAGAGACUUUAAAAUUCACCAGAGAAUUCACACCGGGGAGAAGCCUUACACCUGUACAGAAUGUGGGAAAAGUUUCAGGCUAAAGGAAGGUCUUAAAAAACACCAGAGGAUUCACACAGGGGAGAAACCAUAUCCGUGUACAGAAUGUGGGAAACGUUUCACUUUGAAGAGUCAUCUACUCGUGCACCAGAAGAUUCAUACAGGGAUAAAACCAUUUGUGUGCACAGAAUGCGGAAAGAGUUUCUCCCAGAAAGCUCAGCUUCAGAUACACAAUAAAUUUCACACAGGGGAGAAACCAUUUUGCUGCACAGAAUGUGGGAAAAGUUUCAGUUUAAAGAGCCACCUUACCAGGCAUCACACAAUUCACACUGGGGAGAAACCAUUGAGUUGUACAGAAUGUGGCAAACAUUUCUCUACAAAGGACAGACUUUCUUCCCACUUAAGAGUCCACACAGGAGAGAAACGAUUCACGUGUACCAUAUGUGGGAAUCAGUACACUCGUAAAGACAGGCUUGAGCGCCACAUGCGACUUCACACGGAAGAAAAACCUUUCCCUUGUACAGAAUGUGGGAAAUGCUUCCGCAGUAAGGAAGGCCUUCACUCCCACCACACGACUCACACAGGGGAGAAACCAUUCACGUGCACUGAGUGUGGGAAAUGUUUCUCUGCAAAGUCCAGCCUUCAACGGCAUCAAACGAUCCACACAAGGACAAGGCUUUCCCAUGUACAGAAUGGGGCAAAUGCUUCUCUACAAAGGCCAAUCUUCAGCAGCCUCCUAUAGUUAUAAUUCUCACAUAAGGGAGAAACCUUUCGCUUGGAUACAUUAUAAAGGCAGUGCUACGUAGGGAAGAGAUGCAAUGAGCUAUUUCCCCCUCGGACUCUCCCACUUUCUUUGCCGCUAUUAUGUUUUGCUUGAUGCACCUUCCAGCUCAGCUAUGGCUAAUGGUACCAACAAGCGUUCUGAUUGAGUUCUCCUUUGCUUAUUUAAACUCACCCCCCGCCACUAGGGGAUUAUUUUCUAAAAGUAUUUCCAUGAAUAAAAGUAACGUAAUAUUUUAGUAGGUGCAGUGCAUUGUUUUUUUCUGAUAGAUGUAUCUAAAGGGGGCAGAAACACAUUUGCUGAGUGUGGGUUCAUUCAAUAAGGUUUGUGCUGAAUAUAUAUUUUGCCAGGUUUUUUUAAUCAUACAUAAUGGACCUGAUAUUGUCAGGAGACAGUAGGGGGGCCCUGCUCACAAGAGCUUACAGUCUAAGAGGGAGACUAUUGUCGGUGUGAACAAAACCUCUAAAACCAUGGAGCAAAGAAAGAUGUUCCAGCUGUAAAAGGGACGUCUGCCAUUGAUCCUACAUGAUCUCCACAGGUUUUACAUGGUGUAUUUUUCCAUUCAGAUUUGUUGGUUUUGCUUUAUAAUAAAUUAUGGCAAAAUCGUGUUUUUUUCCCAAGAAAAAUUGGGUUUUGGCAUGAAAAAACACUACUCAAUAAAGUUCAGUCUCAUCUCCUAGUAUUAUAUCUGCCCUUCCUUUGAAUGUAUAGGUCAAAGAAAAAUUGUCUACAAGCUAGAGCCCUAUAUUAAUUCUGCAGAAAGCUUUACCUGCCUGAGUAACAGCCCUAGAAGCUCCCUCUGUUUGUUUAAGAUAGCAGCUGCCAUUUUAGCUUGGUCUCAGUAGCUUCCCUGCUCACAGACACUUAUUUCUCCAACAGACUCUCCCAAUUCAACAUUACAUCUUAUCUUUUAUCUUUUGGUAUUGACUGUUUAUGGAUAAAUCUCAUAUUGACAUAAGCUUUUUAAUCAGUUUCCUGUUUUCUACCAAUUAGCAACGUUUAUUUCAAUAAAGAAGAGUGUUAAUGUA